AUGGAGCAAGAUCAAGACAAACAAAUAAUCCUCCGGCUUCUUCUAGAAGACCUGAAUGAUCUCGAGAACAGCCAGAAAGGAAAACAGGCGGCAGGAAAGGAGUCGGACCUUGAAAUUGCCAUCGCGUGCUUGAGACAGGAUAUUCGAAUCGCCCAGAUUUCCAUCGAGGACGAGAUAUUGGCGGUUAGCACGAGUACCGCAAUUGUCACUGAUCAAAAAAUACUGGCAUCUCUCCAACAUCAGGAAAGAGUUGCCAAUCAGGACCGCCAAUUCGCCCUCUCUCUGAACAAUGGAACCCGGACCUCCAAUCACAUUUCAAACCUCUCGAUGAUACCCGAGAUCACAUCGCCAGACGACGAUGACGACGCUGUUUCCAUUGUCAUGGGGGAUCUCAUGAGCCGGAUGACUCUGAGUGACAAAGCAUCUAAUAACGGAGAAGGUCCCUCGCGCAUACAUUCACCGCGAACAAGCAACUUAAUGCGAGAGUGCGUGUCCUGCUUUACAAAAGUCAAUAAUAUUAUGUUCAAGGGUUCGUGCGGCCACGAGUUUUGCCGCGACUGCACGAGACAGAUGUUCCUUGGUGCCAUCAAAGACGAGGAGUUGUACCCGCCUCGUUGUUGCGGAAAUGUCAUUCCACCUGGAGUUGCCUUGAGAAUCCUUAGCUAUGACGAGCUUCGACGCUUCGCCGAAAGAGCCCUCGAAUGGACCGCGAAAGAUCGUCUCUACUGCGCUGAGCCAACAUGCUCAAAGUUCAUUCCUCCGUUUGCCAUUCAAGACGAGCACGGCACUUGCCCCGAAUGUCACCGGCAGACUCAUGUACCAUGUCGCUCCCUCGCCCAUCCUCGUGUCGACUGCCCAAUGGACGAACCUCUUCAUGCUGUACUUGAAAUGGCCGAUGCGGCGAAAUGGAAGCGAUGCUUCAACUGCCGGACUAUGGUAGAGCUCCGCCACGGUUGCAAUCAUAUGACCUGUCGGUAA